AUGAUGAUCGCUUUGGCCGUUAGACGGCCAGCGAGGCAGUUCUUCCCUAAAAUUCGACAUUAUACGUCGAGAAGACACGUACCACAUUCGCUGGAGCAAGUUCCAAACCCGAUUCCAAACGUGGGCUUUUAUCGCGGCGGCACAUCGAAGGGAGUGUUUAUCCACUCGAGAUACCUUCCAGACGACAAGAGUCUCUGGCCUCGUAUACUGGGAGGCAUCAUGGGCUCGCCAGACAAGUAUGGAAGGCAGCUCAACGGCCUCGGCGGCGGCAUCAGCAGUCUCAGUAAAGCCGUGGUCGUCUCACCGUCGACAAAGGAAGAUAUUGACUGUGAAUAUACAUUUGUACAAGUUGGUAUCGAAGACCAAGAGUUGGAUUUGACCGGAAAUUGCGGCAACCUGUCCUCAAUGGUCGGUGUCUUUGCCGUGGACACAGCAAUCUGUGCAGCCCGCCCGGAAUCGGAUAACCGCGGACGAGUACGAAGUUUCAACACAAAUACUAACAAGAUCAUCGACACAGUUUUCCCACUGGACGAACGACAGAGGGCGGAUCUCGAGUUGGAAGAGGUGGAGAUGGCUGGAGUGUCUGGACUAGGCUCUCGGAUCGACCUACAUUUCCUCAACCCUGCUGGCGCAAAGACGGGCAAACUGCUACCCACCGGAAAGCCAGUCGACGUCCUGGAACUCCCAGGGGACGACCUCGCCGAAGUGUCCCUUGUAGAUGCCACAAAUCCUACCGUCAUCCUCCCAUAUCAUGAACUGCGAAUAUUGCUUUCCUUACCUCCGGAUGCUCAAGUUGAUUUUGGGUCAGACGAAACUCUCCGUGUACUUGAGAGUGUCCGAACGAUUGGAGCUCGGCAGAUGGGUCUCGAACCUGCAGCCGCGCAGCCCAAGAUCGUGGUCGUGCAACCAUCUCAUAUGCAUGACCAUACUGGAGAGGACUUGGUCGCUCGAGCAUUAUCCAUGGGCGUCCCUCACAAGGCCAUUCCUAUGACAGUCGGUCUCUGUCUGGGCGUGGCAGCAGGGAUUCGAAACACGGUAGUAGAGCGGAUGCUUCGAGGUGUCGAGAAGCACCAUUCGUCCAAUGGGGUAAUACUCCGCCAUCCUGGAGGCACGGUCGAAGUCGCCGCCGUCUGGAAGGGCGACCAGCUCGAAUCAGCAUCCGUAUCCUCACAUCUGUUGGUCUGGGCAUCCACGCCGCUUUGGCUGUGGUCGUCUAUGGUGGUAAGUAACUUGCGGUUAUGCGAACCCGCCCUCAAGAAAUUAGGCAUAAACUAUGCUGGGAGCACCGUUUGCGAUGCUGGAACCUACUGCAUGGCAUGGAACCCAUAUUAUUCCCAGUGUAUCCCAGCGACUUCCACUUCCUCGUCCUCCAUCCAAACAUUCAGUUCAUCUCGGGUCAGCUCCACAUCGAGCUCUCGCAUUGCAAGCACGAGCCUGUCUUCUCAAACGAACAGUUCGAAUCGCUCAAUAAUCACGUCCGUUUCCACCGCGAGUAGUGGCACCGCAACUUCUAGUUAUACAGGAACGCUUCCAAUCGGUACAUUGUCCCCUACUGGGUUGGCAGUGGCAGCGGCAAGGAAAGGUAAAUACAUUGGAAGCGCAUACGACAAUGGAUAUAUUGCGAACACCACAUACUCGCAACUCCUUCUUUCCCAGGUUAAUGCCAUGACUCCGGAGAACAUUAUGAAGGCAAGUGAAAUGUAUCAGUGGGACAGCCUCGAGCAAACGCAGGGUGUUUUCACUACCUCACUGGGGGCUGAUCGCGUUGUUAACAUAACCCAAUUAAAUCACCUCUUGCUCCGAGGACACACUCUCGUGUGGCACAGUCAACCUCCUUCGUACGUCUCUACAACAUACUGCCUUCCCUGGAAAGGCCAAGUGCAUACCUGGGAUGUUGUCAAUGAAGCGCUUGCAGAUGACGGUUCCAUGAGGCAAUCCAUCUUCUAUAACACAAUCGGAGAAUACUAUAUCGAUAUUGCGUUCAAGACUGCCAAGGCAGCAGAUUCUGCCGCCAUCCUAGCAAUAAACGACUACAAUAUCAAUGGAACAGGCGCCAAAUCGACAGGAAUGAUUAACCUUGUUACAAAAAUGAAAGCGCGUGGCGUUCCUAUUGAGCAGGUCGGUAUCCAAGUUGGCUCGGUACCCACGACACUUUCAACCAACUGGAACGCAUUUGUCAAUCUUGGCGUUUCGAUUGCAAUCACCGAACUGGAUAUCCGCAUGCCGACACCGGCUACGACAGCAAAUCUCGCACAGCAAGCCACAGAUUACAAGAAUGUCGUUAACGCUUGCCUGGGAAUCGCCAAAUGCUUGGGUAUCACAUUCUGGGGCCUCAGCGAUGCGUUCUCUUGGGUUCCAAACACGUUUUCUGGACAAGGUGCUGCGCUUCUUUACGAUGCAACUUUUCAACCAAAGCCAGCGUACACCGCUGUACUCGAUGCCCUCAACGCGUGA